AUGGAAGAUCCUACUCCAUUAGCAGGUCCAAGUAGACCCAGGAGACAAGUCGAUAAUGCCGAUAUCGCAAAUAAGAUUGUUGCUCUGCAAAGGAAGAAUGCUAGUUUAGUAGGAAGCGAAUCUAGGCCUGGAACGAGUCGACCAUCAAGGAGAGAUGUUCCCGAAAGAGAGAGACAUCGAAAUAUCCUUCCUCAAAUUGGAGUCUUACCCCCUUCGGGACAGAGUCUAGGUCGAGCAGUACCACCUCCUUCUCCCUCGAGUUCAAGAAAUACUCCUAGAUUACCUUCAUCUCCACGUCGUACACACCCGCAUGCCUCUUCGAGACCUUCAGCUGAGAUACAAGAUGAAUAUUCCCGUGGACCAGGAAGCAAGUCUUCAUCUAGUAGAGCUUUGUUUGAUCCCUCACGUCCUACAGUCCCUCAAUUAGCUAAAUUGGACAGAUCGCCUCGUCUCCCUUCAUCGUCAGAAGAUGAAGUACCUAGGCGUCGAGUCGAAUCAAGAAGGAAUGAAUCAUCGAAUAUCGGAAAGAAGUUAUUUGAUCCAACAAUACACGAUCCAUUACAUUUUCAACCACGUCCACCUAUCACAACGCCAAUACCCGAAUCAUCAGAACUCGGAUCUGGAUCUGGAUCUACUUCUUCAAGAUUAUUACUUCGUAGAGGCGUUCCAGGAGUAGUAAGAACUGCAGAGGAAGAAGCUGAUAGAGAAAGAGAAAGGAGGAAGAGAAGGGAAGGAAGUGAAAGAGGUAGCUUACCUUCAAAAAGAAAAGAUAGUGAUACCAGAUCGAAAGGUUCAAGAAGCAGUGAAGGUAGCGAAAGUCUUAAAGAUAGAGAAAGAGGUAGAAACAAUGGUGAUACCGGAGUUAAACCGAUAUUGAAGAAAAUCCAUGAUGAAAUCAAAGAACUAGAAUCUGAAUUAAUAGAAGUUCAUCGAAAAAUGGCACUGGAUCCUGAAGCUGGCAUCAAGGUUCUGCUUGACGGGAAAGGAUUGGCUGAUAGCUAUAGCAGAGAUAGAAAGGAUAUUAUAGAUGAUAGUGAUACUGCUGCUUGGAUAGAUUUGAUAACGAAACAUAAACGACUGGCUGAACUUCAUGAUCAUUUCCUCAUAACCCUGUACGACCCACUAGUGCCAUCAUCAUAUCAUCAGCUAUCAGUGAAAUACAAUAUUCCUUCCAGACUUUGGCAAACAGCAUUUCAUUCUUUAUUGGAAAGACUCCGUCAAGCAUGGAUGUCAGGUCAUCCUACAGCGUUAGAUUUCCUUACCGACGUGGUUUAUGACGCAUAUCGAUUUUAUUCCGAAUUACUCGAAAAUCAAGCUUUAUCAAAUUUCCGUACCGCUUGGAUAGAAGCUUUAGGUGAUCUAGCAAGAUAUAGGAUGACCAUAGCUUCUUACGUACAAGAAGGCCCGACAACGUCCUCCGUACAAAGCCAUUCUCAAACUCAAAAAUUGGGUAGGAUCGAUAUGCCAGAAGAAGGGAAUAUCGAAGAAGAGAAUAGAGUCAUUCCUUCAGGUGCAAGUAUAGGUGCUGAAGUAGCUCAAUCUUGGGAUGUUGAGGACAAAGAAACUUGGAGAACAACAGCUAGAGAUUGGUAUACUAUGGGCAUAACUGAAAAACCUGGUGAAGGUAGAUUACACCAUCAUCUAGCGUUAUUAUGUCGAGAUGUUAAAGGCCAAGAAGGAAGAGCUUUGCAUCAUUUCGUUAAAAGCUUAACCGUCACACAUGAGUUCCCAACCGCCCGUGAAUCGAUUCUACCUCUCUUCGAUUCCGCUUUGCAAAACCAGCGUUCCUUACCAGAAGCAACCGCGAUGGACCUUUUCCUUCGUCUACAUGGAAUGCUGUUUACCCGUAUAUCUUUGGAUGACUUCUCCUCUGUCAUGUCACGGUAUAUGGAAAGAUUAGAAGAAGAUGCCAAACUUGAUGGAUUCAGCCGGAAAGCCAGUAUCGGCCAAACUGAAUGGAUGAUGAUGGCUUCAGUCGGCUUAGGCAGUGUCAUGCAAUAUGGUGCUAAUAACGGAGUGAUCAGAAAAGGGUUUUCUCAAGAAGGCGCCGAGCGAAGAAGAGCUCAAGCUUUAGUUGUCGAUGAAGAUGGCGAAGGCGACGAUGUUGACAAUGGGCCGACUGAUUCACUCGCCGUCGAUGGCUAUGCACCGAUGAGAACAGUUUCUCCCAUACCUAUGAAUGGUGAAAUGGAUGAUCCCCCACCUAUCACAUUCACAAAUGCUCUUCAACUGUCAUUCUCGGUAUUCGACUUCGUUCUAGCUCAUCCCAAUCGAAUCCAAGGGUUUCAUCAAGUUUUAAAUCCUUUCAUUACGAUAUUUCUCACUUUUCUAGCAACGGUAUUUCGCCAGCCUCACGUUGGAUCACCUUUAUUACUAUUCGUACCUUGGGAAAGAUUAGCAGAAUUCGCAAACUCAGCGAAUAUGGAAAUCGUUGAAGAAAAAAGAUUAGCUAAUGGGACUGCAUUACCUGAAGAUUGGUUAUUACGUGGUAAUGAAUGGGUUGGAAGAAGAGUUUACGAAAGAGGAUUUUGGAAAUCUAAAUCAACGAAUGGAAGGGGAUCAAAUGGUGUCAUUGUUCAACCUCAACCUCGAAUAGGUGGAGAAAGGUUUACAUCUGAAAUGGACGUUCUGUUAGCUAAUUUUGAACCUAAUGGAGAUAAAGAUAUAUCUGAAGGUAUAGUGGAUGAUGAAGUUGGUGAUUUAGAUGGUCCGGGUCAGAUCAAUUUCAGAAGAUGGAAAAGAGUCCAAUGGGCAAUAGGCAUUCUGGUUAAAUUCGUUGAUGGCUUCGAAUUGACAAAUGAUGGUAAAGUUAUCGUGGAAGGUACGCUGAAAGAGAAGAUUGAGGAAUUAGCUAAAGAGAAGGAAAAAGAGAGGGAAGAAGAGAAGAGAAGGGAGAAGAGAAGAUUAGAUCGAGAAAGAGAAGAAGAAAUGGAGUUUGAGUUAAGAGAAAUCGACGUCGAAGAUCAAAGUGAUCAAGAUGAUGAUGACGAGUUGACUGCUUUGAGAAACCGUCGUCGAGAACUACAAGGUCUCCUUUCUACUCCUUCUACCGCCAACAAAUCUACCAAUUCCCGAUCGAAGAAAUCCAAGCGGUCAUCACUCAACAUCGUCCCUGGAUAUACUAUGCUCUUGUUCGAUACCAACGUCUUGGUUGAUUCUCUUGGAUUAUUCAGUAAAGUAGUUGAAAGUGGACAAUGGAGUGUGAUUGUUCCAUUACCAGUAGUGACUGAAUUAGAUGGAUUAUCAAAAGAACCGGCACCUUUAGGUUCCAACGCUAAAUCUUCCAUCAAAUACUUGGAGUCGACCAUUCGAACCCAUUCUCUGACCUUGAAAAUCCAAACUACAAAAGGAAAUUACCUAUCUGAUCUACUGAUAAGGACGGAAAUGGACACUUUGAAAGAAUAUGGUGAUCCAAAUGAAAGAGCUCGAACGAUGGACGAUAGGAUUAUACAUAUCUCAUCUUUUGCUCAAGAUCACUUCAACGAUAGAUCGAGAUUAUUGGGUAUGCCACAUGCCAAACAAGAAGAAGAACAAGCAAUCAAAGUUUUGGUCAUUUCAAAUGACAGAAAUUUGAGAUUGAUGGCUAGGUCAAGAGGUGUUCAAGGUGUUGAUGAGAAGGAAUUGGAAAGGAUCUUGGCGGGGGUAUAA